UAUGGCUGCAUUUCCGGAAAUUAUUUCAAAAAUUUUUCCUUGACAUUUUACCUAUUUUGUGUCCAACAAUACAUCUACGGAUAAAGACAGUCUUAGCAAAUGAAAUUUGUUACACAUUUAUCAAUUUAAGAUGGCAUCAGACCUCCUGCAUAAGUUAUGUGCUCAGAUAACAGGACUUCAAGAUGAUGCUGCUGUAGACAGACAUUUCCAGUAUGCUUUGAGGAUAUUAGGCAGUAACUUCAACUCUAGUUCAGAGGAUAAUGAAUUUGAAAUAGCUGAAAGAAUCAAGAAGAAAUUGGCAAGACAGAGGAGGGAGAAAGAUGCGGCUAUAUUCACGGAGUUACAUAGGAAGCUGCAGGGGCAGGGGGUGGUACAGAACAGGGGAGCUGUUCUACAACUUCUCAAUAGUCUCAGUCAAGAUAGACCAACAUCAAGAUUAAGGGGCCAGGCAGCACAGAAAAAUAUAUUUGGCCAGAGUCUGAUGAAGCCCCAUGCUACCUCCACACCAUUUGGAGUGAACCCCCCUCCAAGCAGAACCCCAGCACCAGGUGGCAGUAUGACCCAGGGGAGCACUCUCUCCACUGGCAGUAGUGGGAUCAGCAGCAUACAUAGCAGUGCAAGGAGUGACCCCAGCUUUGAGCCACAGUCUUUACCCCCCAGUUAUCUCCCCACACCCGCCCAACAUAGGACGCCAUUUGGUGCUAGGCUGGCAUGGACCCUCUCAAAAGAAUCUGGAGAUAAAUCCUCAACAGUGUCCAGAACUGGAGCAAAUUCAGCUAGCAAGUCUCAAGCACAGUCAGUGUCAAGGGAGCUUCAUAAACUAACUAUGCAAGAGAACACAUCCUUUGAAGUAUCAGAAAGUGUGUUGCUGAGGGAGAUCGUGUACAUAUUCCAAGGCAUUGAGGGCCAGCUUAUAAAACUACAAGUUACAAAAGAUGGUUAUAGAAUUGAUCCAAAGGCUGGUAUACCUAAAGCUGUACGUAAGACAGUAGGCAAACUGGCAGAGUGUGGGUGGCUUUAUAAUAAAGUCAGGAAAUAUUGCGAUACAAGAAGUACAGACAAAGCCUUUGGUUUGGUUGGACAGAGUUUUUGUGCAGCUUUGCAUCAAGAGCUUACAGAAUACUACAGACUCAUGGCCAUCAUAGAAGCACAGUUACAACAAGAAGAGGACCAGGGUAUAGACAUGGCAGAACAGCUUACACUGAGGAAACUUGCAGUUUGGACUACAGAGCCAUUAGUAAGGAUGAAAACUCUAGCAGCCUUAGUAGACAUUUGUACAGGUAAAAAAGGAGGGGCUUUGGCAUCUGCAAUAUAUUCAUACACCCAACAUGGUGAUCCCUUUGUACAGGACAUUAUUAGACAUACACUAAGACUGGUUGUUCAGCCUGUAUAUGGCACUGUACUCAAAUGGAUGUUUGAUGGGGAAUUAGAAGAUAACUUCCAUGAGUUUUUUGUGGCUGGAAACCCCACAGUGAAGAAUAUCAGACUGUGGCAUGACAAAUACUCACUGAGGAAGCCAAUGAUUCCAAGCUUCAUCACACAGGAACAAGCCAGAAAAAUUUUAUUAGCUGGGAAAUCCAUUAACUUCCUGAGACAAUUGUGCCAAGACAGAGUGAACAUGAGAGAAAGGGAUACAGUCAAGAAAGUCAUAACUAAUAAUGUGGAAUGUAUGUUCACCCAAGAUCUCAAUAGUUCCUUUGACAAAUUCGUUGAUGUUGUGUACAAAGAAACCAGUAGCCAUCUAUUAGAAGUGUUACGCACUAAGUAUAAAUUCUUAGAACAUCUCCAGGCAAUGAGACGAUACUUGCUGCUUGGCCAGGGUGACUUCAUAAGGCAUCUCAUGGACUUACUUGAGGAUGACUUGGCCAAACCAGCCAGUAACCUGUUCUUGCACAACCUAACUGGUAUUUUAGAGACUGCUAUAAGGUCAACCAAUGCACAAUUUGAUGACCCUGAUAUAUUAAAGAGAUUGGAUGUGAGGCUCCUAGAGGUAUCUCAUGGAGACACUGGUUGGGAUGUGUUCAGUUUAGACUACCACGUUGAUGGCCCAAUAUCAACAGUGUUCACGUCUGAGUGUAUCAUGCUCUACUUACAAGUAUUCAACUUCCUCUGGAGAGCUAAGCGUAUGGAAUACAGCCUAGCUGGUAUAUGGAAAGGCCAGAUGGCCAAUGCUAAGCUAUAUAGACGUUUACCUGAGUUGAGUCCUGUGCUGCACCAGUGCCAUGUACUUGGAUGUGAGAUGAUACACUUCAUACAACAAGUCCAGUACUAUAUCAACUUUGAGGUUCUAGAAUGUUCCUGGGAUGAGCUUUUAAGCAAGGUGACAUCAGGAGAGGACUUAGAUUAUGUCAUAGCUGCCCACCAGGAGUUCUUAGAUACGAUCAUUACACGAUCAUUGCUUGAUGAGAAAUCUAGGGGUAUACUGACUCAACUGAGGGUUAUAUUUGACCUUAUAGUUCAAUUCCAACAAAUUCAAGAUGCCAUGUAUCAAACUGCUGAGGAUGAAAGACUGGCUAGACAGGCAUUUCAGGACCAUCAGAAGUCACGGUCAGAAAAGGGUGAAUGGGCGAUGACAGCAAAUGAAGAAAAAGCUGAGAAGCAGAGGAUGAAAGAAUUUCAGAGAGGAUUCAUCUCUAGUACAGCAGCCAAAUUGAGGGUGUUAUCGCAGUCAUAUCAGGACAUGGUUCAGCAGUUCCUGGUCAUGCUACAAUCACACUCUGAUGUCAGUCUGCGUUUCCUCAGUUUUAGACUGGACUUUAAUGAACAUUAUAGAGAGAAAGAACCCAAGUUACGCAGUCCAAUGGCAUUUCAGAAAGUGAAAAAGAGAACAUUUUAAUAUAAGGAAGAUCAACAGUAUAUUGAUGACCUUUUUGGUGUGUUAAAAUGUGAAUGGGUCUUUAAGGAUAACACUAAUUUACAUGCCAAAAUAUUACAU